UCUGAUAAAAAAAAAAGGACUCGGAAGGAAAAUCGGGUCAUUAGAACUCAGACCAGGAUCCUCCACCCUGAUCCGGCUCCUCACACCCCGCAGACCCCGCAGACCCCGCAGCUCUCUGGACCAUGGCUUUCAACCAGACUCCGUUUUAUAACCCGCCAAUCCCGUUCACCGGAUCGAUCCAGGGCGGCCUGCAGGAGGGGAAGUCUAUCAGCAUCAGUGGACGAGUCCAGCAUGGCGUCGACAGGUUUCAUGUGAACUUACAGUGCGGCUCCGCGCCUGGGACAGACAUCGCGCUCCACGUUAACCCGCGUUACGAUAGCCACCCUUACGUGGUCACCAACACCUUCCAGAACGGCCGCUGGGGCACCGAGGAGAGGAAGCAAAACUCGCCCUUCCAUCGUGGCUCUCCUUUCACCCUGCUCAUCACAGUGUCCCGUGAUUCCUACCAGCUGAUCGUGAACGGCUCCCACUUUAUGGAUUACAGGCAUCGUAUCCCAUUUCAAAGGGUGGACACCAUCGCAGUUGGCGGGGUGGUGGAGAUUUCCAACAUUGCCUUUCAAAGCCCAGCGUUUGGCUUUCCAGCUCAGCCCGGAUUCCCUUCACAGCCUUCAUUUCCGUCUCAUCCCGGAUUCCCAGGUCAUCCCGGAUUUCCAGCACAACCUGGUUUUCCAGGGAUGCCUGGAUUUCCUGCACAACCUGGUUUUCCAGGGCAGCCUGGAUUUCCCGCACAACCUGGUUUUCCAGGGCAGCCUGGAUUUCCAGCACAGCCUGGAUUUCCUGCUGCAGCUCCUGUGGUUCCUUACAAGAGUCCCAUCAGUGGAGGAUUCAGACGGGGCAGGACCAUCACGAUCCAGGGAUCUGUGCACCCUAAUGCCAAAAGGUUCUGUGUGAAUCUCAGCCACUCCUCUGGCAUCGCUCUGCAUUACAACCCGCGCUUCGACGAGAACACGGUGGUCCGAAACACCAAGCAGCGGGGCAACUGGGGCUCCGAGGAGCGCGGCGGCGGGAUGCCCUUCUACCAAGGACAACCUUUUACACUGGUGAUCACCUGUGAGCACCACUCCUUCAAGAUCGUGGUCAACGGGAUGCAGACUCACGAGUACCGGCACCGCUUCACUCAGCUGCAAAGCAUCACGUCUCUGGAGAUCGAAGGCGACGUCUCCCUUACCUCCGUGAGCGUGUAGCGAUCCGGGACCGGGCCACGACCACGCCCAGUCCAUCUGGUUCACUGCUUGUUUAACUGCAGUUAUUCAUUCUCAUUUUUAUGACAUAUUACAUUAUCUGGAAAUAGCUAAAAUCCUCCUGUUACGAUCAGCUUGAGAAUAAAGUUCAGCUGGACUUUC